GAUCGAAAGACAUCAAAAAGGCAGAAAGCGAAGCAGUCAAAGAACGAGAUAAUCAAAUCCUCCCUUUCCAAGGCCGCCGAAGGCCGUGAACUCCUGAUCCCAAAACAAGAUCCCAAAGGCAAGCGAGGGAUCCAGUGUCCCGUUUGCGCGAAGAUCUUCAAAUGCAGAUCGGACUACAACCGGCACCGCAUCACCCACACAGGGGAGAAACCGUAUCAGUGCAUGGAGUGCGGGAAGAGCUACAGCGACAGCGGCACUCUUACCGCACAUCAGAGAAUCCACACGGGGGAGAAACCCUACGAGUGUGUGGAGUGUGGGAAGCGCUUCAACAGGAGCGGGACCCUUAAGAGGCACCAGAGAAGCCACGCGGGGGAGAAACCCUACAAAUGCCUCGAGUGCGGGAAGAGCUUCGGCCGCAACUCCAUCCUCACGGCGCAUGAAAGGACCCACACCGGGGAGAAGCCUUACAAAUGCCUCGAGUGCGGGAAAAGCUUCAGCCGCAGCAUAAGUCUCAACAGGCAUAAAAAGAAACACGCUCAGGCGGAAACGCCGGAACGCGUGGAGUGCGAACAGGGGCUGGGCCCGAAAUGCGUGGAGUGUGGAAAGGGCCUGAGUCCGAGUCAGCUCCUCACUGCUCAUCAGAUAAUCUACACGGGGGAGCACGGGAGCAACCAUGUUAAGCUAUGGAGGGUGGAACGGGCUUGAGACGAGAGUCAGCGCCG